CGAUGCUGGUGCCCUAUUUUCGCCGCAGUUCAUGGCGACCUACGACGUAUCUGAAGUACUUGUCACAAAAGUAACCGUUUUGCACCCGUCAUCGCCAAUGCCUGCAACCACUACAUCCCAUGGGGUCGUACAACCUCCCACAGCCGCACCAACACCGCCUUCCACACCGCCACCCUCGCCUCCAUCUCAGCCCCCGCCAAUACCGCCUUCCUCACCGCCACCCUCGCCUCCAUCUCAGCCCCCGCCAACAUCGCCUUCCACGCCACCACCCUCGCCUCCAUCUCAGCCCCCGCCAACACCGCCUUCCACGCCACCGCCCUCGCCUCCAUCUCAGCCCCCGCCAACACCGCCUUCCACACCGCCACCCUCGCCUCCAUCUCAGCCCCCGCCAACACCGCCUUCCACGCCACCACCCUCGCCUCCAUCUCAGCCCCCGCCAAUACCGCCUUCCACACCGCCACCCUCGCCUCCAUCUCAGCCCCCGCCAACGACGCCUUCCACACCGCCACCCUCGCCUCCAUCUCAGCCCCCGCCAACACCGCCUUCCACGCCACCACCCUCGCCUCCAUCUCAGCCCCCGCCAACACCGCCUUCCACACCGCCACCCUCGCCUCCAUCUCAGCCCACGCCAACGACGCCUUCCACACCGCCACCCUCGCCUCCAUCUCAGCCCCCGCCAAUACCGCCUUCCACACCGCCGCCCUCGCCUCCAUCUCAGCCCCCGCCAACACCGCCUUCCACGCCGCCACCCUCGCCUCCAGCUCAGCCCCCGCCAAUACCGCCUUCCACACCGCCACCCUCGCCUCCAUCUCAGCCCCCGCCAACACCGCCUUCCACGCCACCACCCUCGCCUCCAUCUCAGCCCCCGCCAACACCGCCUUCCACGCCACCGCCCUCGCCUCCAUCUCAGCCCCCGCCAACACCGCCUUCCACACCGCCACCCUCGCCUCCAUCUCAGCCCCCGCCAACACCGCCUUCCACACCGCCACCCUCGCCUCCAUCUCAGCCCACGCCAACGACGCCUUCCACACCGCCACCCUCGCCUCCAUCUCAGCCCCCGCCAACACCGCCUUCCACGCCACCGCCCUCGCCUCCAUCUCAGCCCCCGCCAACACCGCCUUCCACACCGCCACCCUCGCCUCCAUCUCAGCCCCCGCCAAUACCGCCUUCCACACCGCCACCCUCGCCUCCAUCUCAGCCCCCGCCAACACCGCCUUCCACACCGCCGCCCUCGCCUCCAUCUCAGCCCCCGCCAACACCGCCUUCCACGCCACCGCCCUCGCCUCCAUCUCAGCCCCCGCCAACACCGCCUUCCACGCCACCACCCUCGCCUCCAUCUCAGCCCCCGCCAAUACCGCCUUCCACACCGCCACCCUCGCCUCCAUCUCAGCCCCCGCCAACGCCGCCUUCCACACCGCCACCCUCGCCUCCAUCUCAGCCCCCGCCAACACCGCCUUCCACACCGCCACCCUCGCCUCUAUCUCAGCCCCCGCCAACACCGCCUUCCACACCGCCACCCUCGCCUCCAUCUCAGCCCACGCCAAUACCGCCUUCCACACCGCCACCCUCGCCUCCAUCUCAGCCCCCGCCAAUACUGCCUUCCACGCCACCGCCCUCGCCUCCAUCUCAGCCCCCGCCAACACCGCCUUCCACGCCGCCACCCUCGCCUCCAUCUCAGCCCCCGCCAACACCGCCUUCCACGCCGCCACCCUCGCCUCCAUCUCAGACCCCGCCAAUACCGCCUUCCACACCGCCACCCACGCCUCCAUCUCAGCCCCCGCCAACACCGCCUUCCACGCCACCACCCUCGCCUCCAUCUCAGCCCCCGCCAAUACCGCCUUCCACACCGCCACCCUCGCCUCCAUCUCAGCCCCCGCCAACGACGCCUUCCACACCGCCACCCUCGCCUCCAUCUCAGCCCCCGCCAACACCGCCUUCCACACCACCACCCUCGCCUCCAUCUCAGCCCCCGCCAACACCGCCUUCCACACCGCCACCCUCGCCUCCAUCUCAGCCCACGCCAACGACGCCUUCCACACCGCCACCCUCGCCUCCAUCUCAGCCCCCGCCAAUACCGCCUUCCACACCGCCGCCCUCGCCUCCAUCUCAGCCCCCGCCAACACCGCCUUCCACGCCGCCACCCUCGCCUCCAGCUCAGCCCCCGCCAAUACCGCCUUCCACACCGCCACCCUCGCCUCCAUCUCAGCCCCCGCCAACACCGCCUUCCACGCCACCACCCUCGCCUCCAUCUCAGCCCCCGCCAACACCGCCUUCCACGCCACCGCCCUCGCCUCCAUCUCAGCCCCCGCCAACACCGCCUUCCACACCGCCACCCUCGCCUCCAUCUCAGCCCCCGCCAACACCGCCUUCCACACCGCCACCCUCGCCUCCAUCUCAGCCCACGCCAACGACGCCUUCCACACCGCCACCCUCGCCUCCAUCUCAGCCCCCGCCAACACCGCCUUCCACGCCACCGCCCUCGCCUCCAUCUCAGCCCCCGCCAACACCGCCUUCCACACCGCCACCCUCGCCUCCAUCUCAGCCCCCGCCAAUACCGCCUUCCACACCGCCACCCUCGCCUCCAUCUCAGCCCCCGCCAACACCGCCUCCCACACCGCCGCCCUUGCCUCCAUCUCAGCCCCCGCCAACACCGCCUUCCACGCCACCGCCCUCGCCUCCAUCUCAGCCCCCGCCAACACCGCCUUCCACGCCACCACCCUCGCCUCCAUCUCAGCCCCCGCCAAUACCGCCUUCCACACCGCCACCCUCGCCUCCAUCUCAGCCCCCGCCAACGCCGCCUUCCACACCGCCACCCUCGCCUCCAUCUCAGCCCCCGCCAACACCGCCUUCCACACCGCCACCCUCGCCUCCAUCUCAGCCCCCGCCAACACCGCCUUCCACACCGCCACCCUCGCCUCCAUCUCAGCCCCCGCCAACAACGCCUUCCACACCGCCACCCUCGCCUCCAUCUCAGCCCCCGCCAAUACUGCCUUCCACGCCACCGCCCUCGCCUCCAUCUCAGCCCCCGCCAACACCGCCUUCCACGCCGCCACCCUCGCCUCCAUCUCAGCCCCCGCCAACACCGCCUUCCACGCCGCCACCCUCGCCUCCAUCUCAGACCCCGCCAAUACCGCCUUCCACACCGCCACCCUCGCCUCCAUCUCAGCCCCCGCCAACACCGCCUUCCACACCGCCACCCUCGCCUC